UUGUUUUGUUGAUGACUUCUAAGUUACAAGUUGUUUACUCCCUCUCCAUCUCUCUCUCUCUCUAAACUUUUCAUCUUUCUCUCACUAACAAAAUCUUCUGAACAAAUCUUCCUUUUUCUGAUCGGCGAUCUAACGAACACCAACGAGGUUCAGGAAUCGAUAACGAGCACUCCUCAAUUUCUCAAUGCAGCAAUUGGUGCCGCCAUGGCUGGAAAAGUUGCUAUCAACCGACUUCUUCUCGGUGUGCCGGACGCACGGAGACGCUGCUAGAAGCGAGCGUAACAUGUUCUGCUUAGAUUGCAAUGACGAAGCAUUUUGCUUCUACUGUCGAUCUUCUCGACACAAAGAACAUAAAGUCAUUCAGAUAAGGAGAUCAUCAUACCAUGAUGUUGUGAGAGUUUCAGAGAUUGAAAAGGUGUUGGAGAUCGAUGGUGUUCAAACAUAUGUGAUCAACAGUGCGAAAGUUUUAUUUCUAAACGAGAGACCACAGCCAAAAUCAUCAUCAUCAUCAGGAAAAGGGGGUUCUCACAUUUGCGAAGUUUGUGGGAGGAGCCUUUUGGACACUUUUCGUUUCUGUUCGCUUGGCUGUAAGCUAGUUGGGAUAAAGAGAAAUGGAAACGCAAACUUUAUGUUAGAAGGGAGAUCAACAACAACAACAAGAGUGAUGGUGAGGGGUGAAGAAGAACGGCUCAUGUAUCCUUCCACACCUCCCUCCACUAGGAGAAGAAAGGGGAUUCCUCAUAGGGCUCCAAACUAGGACAACCAUAAGUAUUACAUACAAACUAAGUGAAUUACUAAAAUACCCCUCAAAACAAAAGAAACAAAUACCCUUCCCCAUGUACCCUACUUUACACAACUCAUCACCAUUGACCAUCAAUUUGUUAUAUAUAUAUAUAUAUA